ACUGAACAGCACAGGGAAGCAUGUGUUAGUCAUCAGGUCACAUUGAAACAGUGGUAGGCCUAUAUUAUAGGGCUUCAGAGUAGGGGUGGGCGAAUCCAUCCCAAAAUAUUAAUGCUACGGUUCUCCUUCAGAAAUGGGGUUCAGGGGGGGACAUUGUAACAUGUCUCCAUUCUUGUUGACAGACAUGUCAACAUGUUGAUAUAACAGAGAUGUUAUAAUUAUUGACUGUGGUUUACAUUUUGAGAAGCUCCUCUCGAAGAGAGAAAGGUUGAUCGUUUUUAUGUUGAGUUUCUGAUUCACUGAACAUAUGUAAAAAACAGGAGUGGUCACUUUCUGUCGUCCAAAGUUGAUGUGCCGGUCCUUUAUCAGGCACCAUCGUAUUUUGCAUGUCCUUGUGUACCAGGUAAAUAAGUGUGUGGAUGAUGGCUGGUUCAAGCAGCCUUACCUGGCCGAGUCUGAUUGGACGCUGGGUGAGGCUGCACACCUGUUGCCCAUUAAGUAAUCAGUGUGCACAGGUUAAACCAGCCGUCUCCACGCACACCCAGGGAGGCCUCCUGCCUGGCAGUGGAGCACCAAUGACAUGGCAUUACUUGGUAUCGGAGAGAAACCACAUUUUGCAGUGUCGCCCACCCCUACUUCAGAGCCUGUUGGAGGGUUGGUCGGUUGACGAGGCUGGGCGGAAGUCAGUUCUAAGCCUAGUCAUUGCAUAGUCAUGUCACAAACAUAUUGCCAUCUGCUAUUAUGCCCUAUUGAGUCAAACUUAAUUGCCCGCAAUUCCACAUUCAGGGUGGAGCUUCCUCCAGAUGCCGCUAAGUGCCGAUGAUAUAGGACAGAAAUAAACGGUUGAGUUAGCAAGAUCACGAUUUUCAUUGUCAUUUCGGCACUCUUUGGAAAAAAAAGCAGUGUUUCACUUUUGGAAAUAAUUCCCAAUCAUUAAAAGGAGCGAGGAAUAUGCUUUACUGCAUAAAAGAAAAGAUCCCGGAUGGCACAACAUUUCCUUCAGCUAAACAAAAACCAAACAGACAUUUGGCCCAUCCAGCUACUUCAGAUCACUCAGAAGCAUCUGCCAAUUCAAGUUUUGUCAAAUCCAACAACUCACCACCAUUGCAAAAACCUGUCACUUCCCAACUAAUCUGGACCUGGAAAAAAAUCAUCCAUGCCUUUUAUUUCAUCCAGAAUCUACAACUGCAAUCCACGUUGCUACGAUAUGGUGCAUUACGGCCACUCCAACCAACUCCGUCAGGCCAAGGCCAUGGGAGAUCACCUCAUCGUUGGAGUUCACACAGACGCGGAGAUAGCGAAGCACAAGGGCCCCCCGGUGUUCACGCAGGACGAGCGCUACAAGAUGGUGCGCGCCAUCAAGUGGGUGGACGAGGUGGUGGAGGGGGCGCCCUACGUCACCACCCUGGACACCCUGGACCAGCACACCUGCGACUUCUGCGUGCACGGAGAUGAUAUAACGCUGACAGUGGACGGGAAGGACACGUAUGAGGAGGUGAAGAAGUCGGGGAGAUACAGGGAGUGCAAGAGGACUCAGGGAGUCUCGACCACAGAUCUGGUUGGCAGGAUGCUGCUCAUGACCAAAGCCCAUCACAGGAACAUAGACAGCUCCAACUACCAGCAGCACACAGAUAACUUUGGAAAGAAGGGCCACAGUCCGUGGACGGGCGUGUCCCAGUUCCUGCAGACGUCCCAGAAGAUCAUCCAGUUCGCCUCGGGCCAGGAGCCUCAGAACGGAGACACCAUCAUCUACGUGGCGGGGGCCUUUGACCUUUUCCACAUCGGGCACGUGGACUUCCUGGAGGCCGUGCACGGGCUGGCGGAGCGACCGUACAUCAUCGUGGGGCUGCACUUUGACCAGGAGGUAAACCGCUACAAAGGGAAGAACUACCCCAUCAUGAAUAUCCACGAGAGAACGCUCAGCGUGCUGGCCUGUCGGUACGUUUCAGAAGUGGUGAUCGGAGCCCCGUUUGAGGUCACGAAAGAUCUGCUAGAUCAUUUCAAGGUGGACCUCGUCUGUCACGGCAAAACAAACAUCUACCCCUGCACCGAUGGGACGGACCCUUACGCCGAGCCCAGGAGGAAAGGCAUCUGGAGGACGGUCGACAGCGGGAGCAGCCUCACCACGGACGCAAUAGUGCAGAGGAUAAUCAAAAACAGGUUGCUAUUUGAAGCUAGGAACCAGAAGAAGGAGGCCAAAGAGAUCGCCAUGAUCCAGGCACUGAAGAGACAUGAGGAGGAGAAGACUAAAGAAAGACCUCUGGCAGUGUUGUAGGACCCCUUAAAACACACACACACACAC